UGGGGACCCUACUUUCCACCCCGGCCGCCGCCACCUCUUCCUCGCCCUCCUCUUCGUCCGCCGCCUCGUCCUCAUCGCCCAGCUCCCGGAAGAUGGUGGUGUCAGCGGAGAUGUGCUGCUUUUGCUUCGAUGUGCUCUACUGUCACCUGUAUGGAUACCAGCAGCCCCGGACCCCCCGGUUCACCAACGAGCCCUACCCACUGUUUGUAACGUGGAAGAUUGGUCGAGACAAAAGAUUGCGUGGAUGCAUAGGUACUUUUUCCGCCAUGAAUUUGCAUUCAGGACUCAGGGAGUACACACUUACCAGUGCCCUUAAAGAUAGCCGUUUUCCCCCAAUGACAAGGGAUGAACUGCCACGGCUCUUCUGCUCAGUGUCUCUGCUCACUAACUUUGAAGAUGUUUGUGAUUAUUUGGACUGGGAGGUGGGUGUACAUGGCAUUAGAAUAGAAUUCAUCAAUGAAAAAGGAUCAAAACGCACCGCCACCUAUCUACCGGAGGUUGCAAAGGAGCAAGGAUGGGACCAUAUUCAGACCAUAGACUCCUUAUUGAGGAAAGGAGGAUACAAAGCUCCGAUUACUAAUGAAUUCAGGAAAACCAUAAAACUGACCAGAGUGGAAAUGAAUGGCAGGGCCAUACUGAGGAUGGAUACAAUGGAACUAUGCUUGGCAGUAAAGCCUGUAAAAUGUAUGAGCCCAUCCUUCCCACCUUUAGCUCUAUGUGAUUACUCUGGCUUUAUACAAGCAAAUCCUCUGGGCCUUUAGACUACAUUAUUGAAGAAAGUUACCUGAAUUAGCUAUUGGCAAGCUUUUGACGUGGCUUAGCAGAACCCCGGGAUUCUGAUAAGCAGUCCUCAAAUUUGAAUUUAACCUUAGAAUUUUGGCAGUAAUAGAAGUUUCCCAUGGAAGCUUGCUGAAAAAUACAAUAAAGCUAGACUCACAAAUGCUAAAUAAACUUCUUCAUGGGAUAAUGGGGAUACUUAUUUUAAAAGGAAAAUAUCAAAAUUUUAGGCAAAUGGGUUGUGGUUUCCAUUUAUUUUAAUUCUAUAAAACCACAUUGAAUGCCUAAAAUGGACUCUCCUCAGCUCUGAGGAGUUUUGAAUUUGAAAAUGCCUCCAUCUCUGCUCUCCCUGAGUUCACAGUCUAAUUGAAGGGCAUGUACAAAGACGAUUAUUAAUAUAAGGCAGAAUGUGAUAGAUGAUGUGAGAUCAUAAAGUAGGGGAAUAGAAAUUCCAGGAGGGGUUAGGGGUAAGAAAAUUUCAAAGAGGAGGUAGAUUUGAAGCUGGACUUUAAAAAUAGGUAGAAUAUUUGACAGGCAGAGAGCAGGGGAGAAAAGAGAUUAAUUAAAGGGAACUUUGUGAGUCAAUACAUGUAGGUGGCUUAGUACCGAGCAAGUUCUGAGGAAUGUUCAAUAGUCCAAUUUGGCUGGUCUUUUAGUGUACAUAUAGAAGGUGGUCAUUUGAGGAAAAUAUGGCAAAGAAGAUAGUUUGGGUCAGAUCAUAAGGGUCUUGAGUUCCAGGCUGAGAAGUUCAGACCUGAUUCUAUAGGCAAUUGGUAGCCAUUGAAGGGUUUUAAACUGAUGGAUUUGGGGAGGUAUAAAUUAGAAUUGGAAGCAGGAAAAUUAGUUAGAAGACAUUGCUAUUAUCUAAGAAUCUCUGGCAGCAACCCAUAUGGGGUGAAUUGGGAACCUUAACAAGAGCUGUGGCAGUCAGAUGGAAGAAAGGAGGGAACAGAUAAGAAAAUAUUGUGAAAAAAAAUGAAAGGACUUAGUCAUCUUUCAGAAGUAGGAAAGAAGAACAAAUCAAGGCUUUACUCCAGAUAAAAGGGACCAAGGUGAUCCCUUCAACCAAGAGAGGAACCGCAAGAGGAGAGUCAGGUUUAUGCAUUGAUACUGGAUUUCCGGUGUUUCCUGGGAUAUCUGUAUAUUAACAUCCAGUAGGUUACUGAGUCUGCGUGUGUAGAGCUCAUGGACAGAGGUGGUGAUUAGGGAUCAUCUGUAAAAAGCACAUAGUUGGAGCUAUGAGGAUAGGGUUCAUUGAACAAGAACAGAGCAUAGGGUCGAAAGGACUGAAGGUAGAAACAUAGGAAAAUCCUACAAGGCAGGAGUAGGAUGAGUAGUCAUAAGGAGCAGUCUGAGAGGCAUGGGGAUAACCAGGGGAAUGUGGAGUUGUAGAACCCAUGGCACAAGAGAACUUCAAAAAGGGAGUGCUAAGCAGUACCAUAAUGGAGGUGUCAAGCAAGAGGAGUGGCCUUCUGAAAGAGCAGUGUCUGUGGAAGAGUGACAGCGGAAGUCAAGAUACACUGAGCUGAGGAGUAUUGUGAGAUGAGAAAAUACACAUUACUCUUGAGAAGUCUGCCAAUGAAAAAGGUAGAGAUGAGGGAAAAGGGAAUUUGAGAUACCAGGAUUAAGAAAAGGUUUUCGUUGUUACUGUUUUUACUUAAUGGCAAGACUUGAGUAGAUGUGUGCAGAGGGGAAAGGAAUGGUAAAGAGGGAGCAAUGGAUGAUCCCAGAAAAAAAAAAAAGUAGUCAAGUGAGUGAGUUACAUACAUGAUGGUAACAGGUUGGCUUUUUUCUGUUCCUUACUGUUAGCAAGCUGGGGAUCAGAGGGCAAUAAAAUUUGUAGAACAAUUUAAACAAGGAGUAGUAGAUUGGAAAGAGCACUGGACUCAGACUCUGGAUUCCUGGGCUCUGAUCUCAGCUUUGCUAAUUAUUAGCUGCAUGACACUGGGCAAGUCACUGGUCUUCUCUGGGCUUCUGUUUCCUGACCUAUAAAAUUAUCUCCAAAGUCCCUCCUAGUUCUGACACUGUCAUGUCACCUAUUUCUUGUUAACUUUGU